AUGGCAACGCGCAGCCGGACACUGCUGUUUCUGCAGUUCCGUAAUUCUUAUGCACGGACAUCAUCGUCAGCGAAUCACCAAAUCUCGGGCUCCGAGACCGAGGGUUUAAUCGAAAGCUCAGACAGCGUUAUAGAAAUGUCAGUCCUUCCACCACAAUGGGUCGACAUUGUAGAAGAAGUAGACGAGACGUUGGAUCAGGUCAAAGAUAAAAGUACGUUACAAAAUCAGUUCAUUAUGUGUUUCGACAUAUAUAUGCGUGCACACUCUCUCUAUUCCCUACUUGCGCUAACUCGGUUACAGGGUAUGCAUCGAAAGCACCUUCUGCCUGGUUUUGACGAUAGAUCCUCCGAUGAAGCGGCCAUUGAACAACUUACAUCAGAAAUAACCAACGAAUUUUAUCGUAUCAAACGAGAUAUCCAACGCAUCCACUCAAAUGAUCGUGCGGGCACGUCCGACCAAGAGAACGCAAUGGCACGGAAUAUACAAACGAGUUUAGCAACCAAGGUACAAGAAGUCUCAACCUCUUUUCGAAAAAUGCAGUCGACAUAUUUGCAGAAAAUGCAAGGUCAAGAGAAUCGUAAAGCAAAUAUCCUUGGCCUUGAAUCUAAUCUUAGUAACGAGGCAGCCGAGCUAUUAUUGGAUGAGGAUGCACAACUGGGAUUCACGGAAUCACAAUUGGCAGUUAUUGAGAACAAUGAUGCUUUGAUUGACCAACGAGAACGAGAAGUCAACCAGAUUGCAAAGUCAAUACACCAAUUGGCAGAGAUAUUUCGGGAUCUACAAACACUGGUUAUCGACCAAGGCACCCUGUUGGAUCGAAUCGAUUAUAAUAUAGAACAGACGGUGGUACAAGUCAAAGAAGCGACUGUAGAAUUGGACAAGGUAAUAUAUAGAAAGAGCAGGAGACAACAUUAUGGAAAUUCAGUGUAG